AUGCAUCUUCUGUUACUUGUAUUUCGCCGAAAGGUUCAGGGUCAGGAGAGGGUUCAAUUCGGGUUUACUGUACGGUCCAGAGUGCAUCUAGACCAAAGUAACCCAGCGUCGAUAGCCGGAAGGCUUGAUCGGACGUGUAGACGUAGUGUCCAGGGUGUCCAGGUCGAUCAGAUUCAAUGGCCCAGGCACGAAAAUUGGGACCAAACGUGGGACAUGCGUCUGGCCAGCAGAAUUGGAAGUCAGAGGAAACCAGCAAUGCAGCCACGCUGGCCCUGUAUCCGUGAAUUCCGAAGUCACUCUCCGCGAACUAUUGACCUGUGCGUUGAUAUCAACUUGGACGCGUGCCCCGAUUUCUCUUGCCGAGCAUAUGACUUCUCUGCCAAGAAUCCGAACUAUCGCUGCACGUCACCCCGCCUUUCCUGUACCACCCCUCAGAAAACCCAGAGCUCUGAAAUAUCCCAAGUAUCUGACUUUGAGGCACUCAAGGCAUGUCAUCGUGUCUGUCGAAAGUGGUGUCGGGUCGCUACAGGGUUCUUGUUCUGUAGAGUUGUCCGUCACAGAGAAAACUCGGAGCAUUUCAGCGCGAUCCUUGGGCGAGACAAUCUGUCUGUAUUAGGCAAAGUCUUGUCAAUUGGGCGAGUAGACGAUACAGGCGGCGCUCUAUUGAAUUUGAUUCGUUCCGAUCGAAGCCCGCAGCAGUUAACGGUACGACCAACGAUCGCUGAUGUUCACCAGGUUCGUAAACGACUCUUUACAACCUCACGUACGGGUAUGGGCUCUCGAAAUUCUUUAAGUCUGCCGGACCUCCAAGAAAUUCGGCUCACUACCAAUGGACCGCCGUAUCCGCCCUUGCUCCUCUUCACUGAACUCCGGAAUCUUCAUGUCGACAUUGAGACCAUUCAAUGGCCGGCGAAAGUUACAUGGAAGUCACUGACCGAUGGUCACGAACGAUCGUUACUACGCAACAUUCAUACUGGAUUAGACAAGACGACGGAUAGGGAGUCGGCAGGUAUGAUUCGCCAGGUAUUGUCAGUCUUUUUAGAAUACUUUUGUUAUAUGGGCUGGAAAGAUACUCCCUUGGCGUAG